AUGAUUCCAUCAAUCACUCUCCCAACACUACUAUUCGUCUUCUUCUCCUACCUCGGCUUGGGUAUCUUCCACAUCCAAGCUCAAGCUCUCGUACCAGUACCUGCAGGAUGUGUAUCGGGUGUAUACUUCCAUGAUCAUAUUAUCAAUGGAGGUGGUUCUCUGACUAGACAACCGGAUAGAGCGAAUUGCAAAGAACAAUGCCAUGUAACUGGACUCAAAUAUGCUUAUUUCCGUAAGGAAAGUAGAAAAUGUUUUUGUACGAGUAGUGAUAGAAAGGCACCCCCUUCGAACCAGCAGGUUGAGGGAAUUGAUAGUGAAGGUAGAUGUAAGGAUAGACAUGCUUCGAUCGACUACAUGGCCUCCCCAUACCAUUUCGACAGAUACUACUGUCAUGGACCAGGAUCAGAUUAUGAUAGUUGGGUGGUAUCGCUCAUUCUCAGUGGCAAGAAAUAUAUGUGUAAAUGUUUUGCAUCAAAUGCUUUAGGUCAAGAAGUCACGAACUGUGGUCCUAAAGAUGCUUAUAGGUACUACAAGUAG